AUGGCAGUUUGCCAGACGAAAAUCUCUGACAACGGUCUGAACAAUCUGUCCGAGGAGUGCAAGUAUGGCCAGGAGGACGCAAUCUUAUCAGAAGGCAUCGAGCGGCUGUGCUCUGAUCUAGGUUAUAAGUCGGAGAGUCCUGGUGCUGGCGUGGUGUCUGGACGCGUUCCAGAUGUGUCAGUUUACCAAGUCGGAAUUCAUCCAGGGCGUGCAGCAGAUGAACGCCGCCAGCAUCGACGACUUCAAGCUCCGGCUGGAGCAGAUGUUGGAGAAGUUGAAAACCGGCUCCGAGGAUUUCAAGUUGCUGUACUGAUUCCCAUUUCAUUUCCGGCUGUAACCGGCCCAUCGGAUCCUGUCGCUGGACAUGGCGAUCAGUCUGUGGUGGUUGGUGUUCACCGUGCACACGGCGGGCAUCCUACCGCGGUGAUUGCACUUUCUCGAGCAGCACCAGAAUAUCCGGGGCGUCCCGAAGGACACAUGAAACGGCACCGAUGGAGUAGAAACUAG